AUGGCUCUCCCAUUGCGGUCCGCCGUUCCACGCCGCAACGCAUUCCAUCUCCCUCGCAGAUGCAGGGCCAGCACGACGAAUAGCCGGACUCCGCUGCUCUUUCGACCUGUGUCCUCCUCCUCCUCCUCGUCGUCGCCGCUGCCCAUCGUCCGGACAUGUCCCGAGCCGACCUGCGCAUGCGCGCCCACUCCGCCCAUGCCGGACGGGCUGCCCAUCGACCGUGAGAAUCCGCUCAACGCGACCAUGGCCGCCUACGCGCAGCAGGUGCUGAUUUCGACCGGGCGGAACGAUUGGUCCAGCCGGAUUGAGGAUGACGGGGUGGGGGAAAGCUGGGGAGCGCUGGCGCGAGGUCUGAAGGGUCUGAUCGGGCGAGGAGGGAAAUACGCUGACCCAUAUAACAAUGUCGUUCUCACCAAUUCCUCCUUCGCCCCGUCGGCUGAUCCGUCGUCUGGCUUUGCCUCGGCCUUUAUCUUCCCCGCAUUCAAAUACGUGCCCUUUAUUCCGAUUUCUUCGUCGAUAUCAUCAUCAGAAGCAGAUCUCGAGACCUUCGUCCGGGCCAUGCUCCUGCCUCACGAACUGCACCACGCCCAUUCCGCCGUGCCUGAGCCCAGACGAAGAGAUAUGACGCGCGCCCCAGAUCUGGUAGCCCACUUCCCCGACAUGAUCGACAUCAAGCAGUCGCCGACCAUUCUGAUUUGCGGCCAUGGCGGGCGCGACAUGCGCUGCGGGAUUAUGGGCCCGGUGCUGCGGGCAGAGUUCCAGCGCGUGCUCGAGCAACGAGGGUUCAGCACGAACAACCAAGACGAGGACGGCACAAGAAAGGUUGACGGACCAAAUCACGCCAAUCUCGGUUUGAUCAGCCAUAUCGGAGGACACAAGUUUGCGGGGAACGUGAUCAUCUACCUCCCUCCGGGCUUGAGGACCAGCUCCUCGGCCUCGCCGUCAUCGACGAUAGCCACGAGCCCGAAUCCGCUGGCCGGAAAGGGCAUCUGGUACGGUCGUGUCGAGCCCAAGCAUGUCGAGGGGAUCGUAGACGAGACGAUCCUGCGAGGAAGAGUGGUUGCGGAUCAUUUCCGUGGCGGAAUUGGGAUGGACGGGGAGAUCUAUAGACUGUAG